AUGUCUUCUUUCCCUCAACUAGCGCAUCUGAACUCCUUCACACGGACACUGACCUCGGCGGACGUGAAAGACUGUGUGACUGUCGAAAGCGCCUUUCCUGAACAGGAGCGCUGCUCGGAACAGAAGUUUCUCUACCGUCUGAAUAAAUGCUCCGACCUCUGCCUUGGUCUAUUCGUCCACCCUACUGAGGCGCAAACACCCCAGCUCAUCGCCCACGUCAUCGCCACGAGGACCUCAUCAACUCGAGUCACAGACGGAAGCAUGGAAAUGCCCGAGAACUGGACAUCACUGCCGCCGACGAGGUCGUGA